UGUCCGGCUCUCGUCACGCCGUACAGAGCCUUGCCCUGUUCCUCCCAAAUACCUAAGAAAAGGCGGCUACAACAACCAGAGCGCUCAUCAGCAAAAAUCUGAACAAGAUCCGCCACCGAUUUGGGGAGUACCAGGCGAACGUGUGGCCGGCGCGGCGAGUUGAAGCAAGUUCGCCAUGCGCCGGAGCAGGAAGGAUUCCGGCGAUCUGGCGGAGGCUCAGGAGGACGAAGAAGAGGCGGAGGAACAGACUGAGGGCGAGGAGGAAGAUGGGGAGGAACAGGAGCAGACGGAGGAAGGGGAAGGUGAGGAGAUUGAGGCUGGGGCAGGGGCCGAGGCGGAGACGCCGGCGCAGGACGCCAUGGAGCCGCUGAAGCUGGCCGAGGGCUACUUCGAGAUCGAGGCCAUCCGCCGCCGCCGCCUCCGGAAGGGCCAGCUCCAGUACCUCGUCAAGUGGCGGGGAUGGCCGGAUAGUGCUAACACAUGGGAACCCCUUGAAAACCUGAAGGCUUGCUCGGACAUUGUUGAUGCUUUUGAUAAGAGGUCACGGUCGCCAAGGUCCUCUCGGAAGCGGAAACGUAAGACUGCAACUACUCUAACAUCAGAUCCUAACUCUUCUCGUGGAAAACGGGGUCGCCCACCUCGGUCGGAGGCCCGAUAUAUGACUGGACCUCAUGCCCCAGAGCCCAAGAAAUUGCCCUGCAGGACAAGUAGUAGGAGAGCCUGUAAUAAUGGUAACAAGACCUUGUUUGGUGAACUCGAGGCAUCAGUGAAUGUGCUUGGGCAAAGAGUAGUACAGGAGGGUAGUUCUGGUGUGGUUUCAGUUGGGUUUCCAUCACAAGGGGUUCCUCUAUCUGUUAGCUUGACUGACCAACAAGACGAGCAUCACCCUGCAAAUGGUCCAUCAAAGUUGGAAAAUUCAGUACGAGCACUCCCAUCUCAAGGUGGCCAGAUAACUGGUGCAAAGAAGCGUAAGUCUGGAUGUGUUAGGAGGUUCAAACAGGAUGAAGCAGCAAUACAAGAGCAAGGAGGUGUUCGUGAUCACACAAGUGACAAGCCAGGCAAUGAGUAUGUUGAUUCCACAGAAGGAGAAACUGGUGAUAAGAACAAGGGGGGGGACUCUGCUAGCCAAAUUCAUAAUCCUAAGAUCCUCAAGAUCAUCAAGCCAGUGCGCUAUUUUGCUACUGUUUUGGAUGGCGUGCAGCAAGUUGCAAUAACGUUCAAGGCACUCAGGUCUGAUGGAACAGAAGUAUUAGUAGAUGACAAGCAGUUGAAAGCUAAGGAGCCCUUAGUGGUAUGCCCUCAUUAUCUUCUCAUUUCACUUGAAGGAAAAAUGAAUUAUCACCCCACAACAAUUAUCUUUCUCGUUUGCAGCUUAUAGAAUACUAUGAGCAGCAUCUUCGUUAUAACCCCACCUCGACACAUUGAAGCUUCUGUGUUCAGUUGCCUGUGCUGCCCCUAUGCUUGGAACGGGAUGGAGAUUGUAUUUAAUGUAGCAUUUUUUUUGUGCUAGAUAUAUCUAAGGCGGUUGCAGAUUGUUAGUCUGGCACUCUUGUCAAGCAGUCCUUGUGCUGAGUAUGCGUAAACUUUGAUUUUAUGGAAUGCAAUGCCAAAUUAACCCGACGUUUUUGUGUGUAUUAUGUGCUAAGAAGUUAGUAAAUUGGAUCCUCUGCGCUUGCUAUUGGGCGACUGGACGUGAAGCAUUU